CCGACCCGACACCGUGUCCGGCGCCGAUGCCCCGGCGGUCCUGAUGCUCGGCCCGUCGAAAGCCGCAGAAGGAGCCGGCGUCACCUUGUGGAUCCCGCUGCUGCUGUUGAAGUGAAGCCCCCCCCCGCCACAACCCCGUCCCAUGGAGGGAGCCGCUCGGAUCUGCGCGUUCCGCUCGCAGCCCGUCGCGUCCACGGAGAGGUGUAUUUGAGCAGGGGGCUGCAGGGGUACGAGGGCAUGAUGGGCACUAUAUUAAGGCUCCUGGGCACCAUGCUAUGGCUCAGCCAGGCUGGGCUUGUCAGCUGCUCCUCAGCCCCCCUGUCCUUCCGCUCGGAGCCCCUCUCCACGGUGCAGCGGCUAGGGGGCGUUGUCCGUUUGCGCUGCUCUGCCCGACCAUCAACUGCGCGCCUGUCCUGGCACUUCAGGGGUCAGCCGCUGGACCCGAGUUCGACCCCGGGGGUUCGGGUGCGGUCCGGGUCCCUCGCCCUGCCCUCUCUGGAGCCCAGUCAGGAAGGCCCAUACCAGUGUGUUGCACAUUCGGACUCGGGCGCCAUUGCCAGCCGCCUGGCACACGUGUCCAUUGCAAGUGUCUCAGAGUUUGCUGAGACCCGGCGGCGCAGCCUCACUGUGAACAAUGGUAGUACAGCACUCAUCAAGUGCCAGAUUCCCUACAGCAACCCUCCCGCCUUGCCACGGCUGCGGGUUCGAGGGGAGUGGCUUGAGCAGUCCACAAAUGAAUAUCUAAUUCUUCCAUCUGGGAACCUCCAGAUUAUGUCUGUCUCCCCUCAGCACCAGGGGACAUAUAAGUGUGCUGCGUACAACCCUGUGACUCAGGAGGUCAAGGUGGAAGCCCAUGGCACGAAACUGACCGUUAAAGGUCCAGACAAUCCCUUUCCUGCACAAAUCAUAUUUCCCACCACCCCUCAGGCCGUGUCUGUGAUGCAAUCUGAAUCCCUCACUUUGGAGUGUGUUGUGUCUCAACGUCUUUCCACAACCGUUCGUUGGACUAAAGAUGGGAAGACCCUGCAAGAGAGGAACAACUACAGGCUGUCCCACGACAACCUGGUAUUGCCUGCGGUAAAGAAGAGCGACAAGGGAAGCUACCAAUGUUCAUUCCACGUGGAAAGUGGGGACCUGGUCAGUGCAAACUACACUGUGAACGUGCUUGAACCUGCAUCUGUACUACAGGGCUUGACCGACCAGUCCGUGUUCUCCGGCUCAUCCGUGCGGUUUGUCUGCAUCGCAAAGGGUAACCCUGCCCCCAAAGUCACCUGGCUCUUUAACUCCAGACCCAUUCCCCCCUCGAGCCGCUUCCAGAUGUUUGGAUCCUCCCUCCGCAUCGAUGCCGUGACACUGCAGGACCAGGGCAUCUAUCAGUGCCUGCUGGACAACGGGAUUGGCUCCGCCCAGUCAGCGGGUGCCCUCACUGUUCUAUCAGGUGCGAGUUCCAAACCUGUCAUACUGACGCCGCCCUUGAGCGGGACCUUUCAAGAGGGUGACGACGUGUUUCUGUCGUGUAACGCGAGUGGUGUACCGCUGCCAGUGAUCCGGUGGUACAACUCGGACGGUCCCGUUGACACCCAUCCGGCAGACCUCCUCCAGCCCCCGCAGGCUACAGCCAGAGCGCCCGGUGACAGCCCCCCUCAUCUCACAAUGUCCCGACCUGGGAGCAGCUCCCUCUACAUCCGGGCUCUCACCGUGGCCCGUGCUGGGAAGUACAUCUGCGAGGCCUCCAACGGCCUGGGGUCUGUGCAGGCAGAGGCCUUUCUCACUGUAGCUCCCCUGCAGAGCACCACUCUGGGGCUCCUCCCGGACAGCCCACGUUCCCUUCACCCAGUGCAAAGCGAUGAAGGGGAGGAGGCGCUCUUUCUCGAAGAGGGGCUUCAGAACGGCGUGGGGAUGCCCACCGAAAGGACAGGUGACCUCCCCGCUCCAGAGGCACCCAUCAUCACCAGCCCCCCACAGACACACAAGCCUGAUGUGUACGACCUGGAGUGGAGGGCUGGCCGGGACUGGGGCAGUCCCAUCAGCGCCUACUUUGUCAAGUACCGCAAGCUGGAUGACGUGGGCAACGUGGUGGGCAGUUGGCACACGGUGCGCGUUCCCGGCAGCGAGAAGACCUUGCGACUAUCAGAGCUGGAGCCGUCGAGCCUCUAUGAGGUCCUGAUGGUGGCCCGCAGCGGUGUUGGAGACGGCCAGCCCGCUAUGCUCACCUUCCGCACAGGGAAAGAGAGGAGCACGUCCUCCAGCAAGAACCCCUCCAAAGCCCCAUUCGUGUCCCAGCCGGAGGAGGUGCCCAAGCUCGAGAGUUCUAACACCCGCUUCGGGGUGGUGAUACACGACAGGGUGCCCGAGGCUCCGGACCGGCCCACCAUUUCCAUGGCGACCGAGAGCUCGGUGUACGUCACGUGGAUCCCGCGGGCCAACGGGGGCUCCCCCAUAACGGCCUUCCGUGUCGAGUACCGGCGCCAGGGCCGCAGCGCAGACUGGCUCGCUGCAGCCGACAACAUCUCGCCGCUUAAGCUCUCCGUGGAGGUCCGGAGUCUGGAGCCAGGCUCUGCAUACCGAUUCCGUGUCAUCGCCAUGAACACAUAUGGCGAGAGUCCUCCCAGCGCCCCCUCCAGGUUCUAUCAGGUAUCGGCAGCCAGCCCGCCGUUCCCUAGCCGUCCCGUGGCCGGUCCACACAUCUCCUCCACGGAUGCUGUCAGCGACACACAGAUCAUGCUGCGCUGGACUUACACUCCAUCCAGCAACAACAACACACCCAUCCAGGGCUUCUACAUCUACUACAGACCCACCGACAGUGACAAUGACAGCGACUACAAGAGGGACGUGGUGGAGGGCCUCAAGCAGUGGCAUCUCAUCGGACAGCUCCAGCCAGAGACCUCCUAUGACAUCAAGAUGCAGUGCUUCAAUGACGGUGGAGAGAGCGAGUACAGCAACGUCAUGAUCUGCGAGACCAAAGCUCGAUCGGCCCCAGGAGCGGCCCCUAUGAACCCAGUGACUCCACCUGGACAGUACCCCCUGGAUCCCCCAACGCCACCAGGGGGCCUGCUCUACCUGAUUGUGGGAACUGUUCUGGGCGUGAUGGUGCUCAUCCUGCUGGUUUUCAUCGCCAUGUGUCUGUGGAGGAAUCGGCAGCAGAACAGCAUGCACAAGUUUGACCCCCCUGGGUACCUGUACCCACCCCCAGAGACCAACGGCCACAUGCUGGAGUAUACCACGCUACCCAGCACCGGCCACAUCAAUGGCACCGUUCAUGGGAGUUACGGGCACCGGAGUUACAUUCCACCCCCAGGCUGCCCACACCUCCACCACAAGCUGCCCAAAGGCCUGGCGCUGCUCAACGGUUCGGGGGCACUAUAUGCUCCAGGCCACCCUCAGUCACACACACACAAUGGUUCUUUACCCCACGGCACCCUGGAGCAUGAGUGCACCCCUUCCAGCCUCCCACACAAUGGUGGAGGGCUGUACUCAGCCGUGCCCCAGUCUGACCCCUCCGAUUGCAUGAGCUGCCAAAACUUCUGCAACAAUAACAGAUGUUACAAAAAGAUGAACGGCAGUUUUACAAAUGGUGCGGUUCCGAUGCACCGAGCGGGGCCCUGCCAGCAAGAAGGUUUAGAAAUGAUGCCGUUGGGUCAGGUGACCCCACGCUGUCACACCCCCAGUAGUCCACAGUGCCUGGGGGAGGACCAACGUGAUGUGUCUGGGGAGGAUUCGGCGGACAGCAAGAUCCCACCAGCAUCCCAGCAUUCCUGCUGUCAAGUAGUGGAAUACCAGCACUUCCCAUCCAAGCAUGAAGAGGAGGACUUGCAGUGUGAAGAUCCAGAAGGAGCCGUGUUGUGCUGGGACAGCCUCGAUCUCCCUGAAGUCGGCUGCAAGGAGAAGGGGGGGUGGAUGACGACCGCCGGCCACAUGGGAGAAAUCAUAGCGCCAGGCCUGCAAGAAACCUGAACCCCAACUUCCUGUACAGCCACACACACACGCGCACACACACACACACACACACACACACACAAACACACACUUACUCGGGACUGUGCGCGGGCGAGCAGCACUCGCAGGACUAAGGCGCCCACGUGGUCACACACAAUUUAUGGCGUGCUGACAAGGACACGGAGCGGCCCGCGGUCUCGUCGGGGAGACGAGCGGCUCUAAGAAAAGGCAGGCGAGCUGCAGACCGAGAGCUGCAACCGCAGCCCACAAGCGGCAGUGGCGUUGGAAAACAAAACAAAAGAUCUGUAGACAAUUUAUUUAUUUUUUUUUGCAGUAGUAAAAUAUAAUGAAUGUAUCUGUUAAGUAAAAAGUCUGUCUUUUAUAUUAUUUAUGCUUUUUGAGAAAUACUUUUUUUUUUUGUGUUGUGCUUUCCACAGAGUGUGGAGAUUAGCCGUUUAUGUAUAAAUUUUUUUUUUUUUUAUAAUAUAAAGAGGAAUUAUGGAAGAUACAAGGCCGGCUCUUCUUCUUUUUCGACCGCAAAGUACGUACCAGAUAUUAGGCUGCCUGAAAUAUAUUAAUUCUGUGGCACUGACUGAUUUAUAGGAUUCUGAUGCUGUUCCCUGUGAUGGCGUUCGAUGUGCACUGCACUGGCGUACGGUGCUUAAAUUAUAAGCAACACUAAUAAGCAUAAGCAGGCCACUUGCAGGCCGUCAUAAAGCACUUAUGUGAUACA